CCUUUUAUCAACUCCGUGAGAAUCAGCACGUAUAAUUUGCAUUUAUUAGCACCGUAAGAUCUACUUCCAGUUUCCUGCUCAACAUUUCUGUUUUGCGACAGUACACGAUUAACAACCAACAGACGAAGGAACAGAUUCAGUUUCGUGGUGGACUUAGCUACAGCGUUGAAGAUAUACAUUUUUCAAUAUGUCUCAUAUUGAAAAUUCUAAUGGCAGACAGCAUGUAAACAACAAUGUUGAAUCAAAUCUAUCUGGAUCAAUUCAAUCCAAAAAAGAUGGACAAAAUUUAGUUGCAGCCACUAAUGCUCUUCAUAUCACUAACGAAACUCGUUCAUGUACACAAAUCAACGUAACUAAAUCUAAUGUCCAAACAAAUUCUACUAUACCUAGUAUGCAGAGUGAUGGAAAUGUACAUAAUUUACCUAUAUUUGACUUAAGUGGACCUAGUUCACAGAGAAAUGACAUCGGUUCUAAGGCAUAUAUGCGACACUACGAACGUAAACCGUUAGCUGGAUUAACGCCUGAGUUAUGGGAACACUAUAGGACUAAAUAUCCUACACCUAAAUAUUUUAAAAAAGCUCAUCCCAAAAUAGAAUACACUCAAUUACAUACAAAGUGGUAUCGUAUAGUAUCAAUUUCACACGACUCAAAAGAAUCAUGCUCCUCUUCAAAACCUCGAAGAAAUGUUCAACACAAAAAACACGGUCAUCUCAAUACUGCGGGUGUAACUGAUUCUCAAUUGGAUGCGGAAUGGUAUCGUAAAGUGAAUCGUGAUGUUAUUGAAUCGCAGAAAUCGGUCCGAUCAUCGAAGUUCAAAAAACGAGAACGCAAGAACCAAAAUCAACAUUCUACAUCAUCUCCGUCAUCUAUUCGAGCUCAUUUAAACCAUCAUCGUCUAUCAAGUCCAGUGAAUAAUAUUCAACAAGCUAGUUCACAAACGGUACCAAUUUCCUUGAACGCAAAGUCUUGCGUGAAUGCAGAACACCAAUCUGAUAAUAUCAUUCGUACAACGAAUCUUCCAACCUUACAUUAUCAACUUCAAAAUUUAAACAGUGAUCAGUCAUCAACUGUAUCAAUUUCUACAAGUUCUGUUCAUAAUGCUACUCAAGACACAGCAUUAGUUCCUUCUUCGAUUGCGACUAUUAAUUCAAAUCGUGCACAAGUAUUGAUUGACCUUGAUGAUUUUGGUAUUGGUACUGAAGAUCUAUCACUUUCUGUUCCAUUAAAUUCUUCCAAUUCAGGAAACCAUUUAACUAGAAUUAUCCCAACACCUCAUCUAACCAAUGCAUCAAUAAUCAAUGAGCCUGAAACAGUUGAAAUUAUUAUUCGUUCAAGAAACUAUGGUAAUUAUAGCAUUAUUAUCUCAAAUCCUACUAUUAUCCAAAUGCAUAGGAUUUUGCAAAGAUCUAGUUUGAGUUCAGACAACACAUAUUCUCCUGCAAACAAUACAGUUUUGUUUGAACAAGUGAAUAACUAUAUGCAAUUCAUAAGAAGGACCAUAGAAACAAUAGAUACCGAUAUUUCGAGUAUUUUAUCUCUCAUGAGUUUGUCAAUUCCUCGGUUGCUCACUAUUGAUCAAUCUUCUUAUCAUCUACUUCACAAUGCAUCUGAAAAGCCACCAGUAAUUACAAAUAACCGCAUACAAAAUGGUUGUGUCAUUAAAGAAUUAACAAACUGUGCAAUAUGCUUGGAAGAAAAUAAUGGUAAUGUGUUAUUAGAGCCAUGCAAACAUUACAAUAUGUGUAGAGCUUGCAUGGAAAGACUAACAACAUGGAUUUGUCCAAUAUGUAGAAGCCAUAUAACAAGUAUAAUUGUCUAUGUUUAAGUAUGAUUUCUAUAUACAGUCAAAUUCACUUAUAACGAUCUUAAAGAUACCUAUAGAAUCUGAGCGUUAUAACCGAACUUCGUUAUAUCCAGAUUAUAAAAAGUAAUUACACAUAAGAUAUAAAACCAA